AUGAGGCGCUGCAAGAAGGCGCUCAAGGCGCUCGAGAACAAGCUCGGGAAGCCCGCUAAGCUUGCCAAGGAGUUCUACGGCCUCCCGGAUAUAAGAACAGAGCUUCAGUCAGCACAAAAAUUUAGUGUUGCUCGGAAACAAGAAAAUAGGGGAAGAAACCGCUACACUGAUGUGUUGCCAUUUGAUCGAACCAGAGUACGGUUAGAGUCUUCAACAGGCAAUGAUUACAUCAAUGCCAGCCAUAUAGAGAUUGCUGGCAGAAAUCUAACAAAAUUCAUUUCUACUCAAGGACCGCUAGCCAAUACGAUUGAGGAUUUUUGGCAGAUGGUAUAUGAUAAUCACUGUCCUGUGAUUGUUAUGGUCACCAAAUUUGAUGGUCUUAAGUGUGAUGAGUAUCUACCAUUGAGUAAGGGGCAGGAUAUUUUUGGAAAGUUUACCAUUAAGACUACAAAGGUCAGGAAAGAUGGUCAGUUAGUGUUGCGUGGCGUGGAGAUUCGACGGGAUGAGUCAGAUGAAGUGCGAUCUCUUCUCCACAUUGAGUAUCCUGAGUGGCCUGACCAUGGGGUACCAAAUGGCAGUGCUGAUGUAAGAAGGAUUCUAAAAAGAUUGUAUUACAUUCCAAGGGAACGGCCAAUAGUUGCACAUUGCAGCGCAGGCAUUGGAAGAACAGGUGCUUAUAUCACCAUCCAUAAUACAAUAUAG